GGCAUCAGUUGGUGUUUUCAUUCAAAUUGCAACGCAACACGAAACGAAAAAAUAAAAUAAAAACUCAAAUCGAACACGAAAAUCUCUAUUAACGCACACAGCUAGCGGUUCUUUGCUAUCCCAAAUUAAGGACACUUACCGGACUCAGAGGGCACAUUGAUAGGAAUAAGCCCCAGUAAAAAUGUUUAAGCUGUCUAUUAUUCUCUCCAUGCUCGUCGCCUUGGCCAACGCACGUCCUGGCUACCUGCAUGGCCAUUACCCACACAUUGACUACCCAUUGUUACAUCACCAUCACGAGCCGUUGCAUUUGACUAAACUGGUGCACAUACCGGCGGCCAUUUCACAUCAGAGCUCAACAGUUAUACACAGCGCGCCUAUCAUUAAGCCAGUUGUGGUGCCGGUACUGAAGACUGUCGUGCAUCCGAUUAUCAAAACAUAUCAUCCAGCGCCCAUAAUCAAGGCUUAUCAUCCGUACGCUUUGGAUCCGUACCACCAUCACUACGAUCAUCACGACUUUCAUCCUUUCCACUAAGCCGAGUAGGCACUUAUGACAACCGAUGUAGCUUCUAUAAAAAGUGAUGAUGAUGACUGAGCGAACGACGAAAAUAUGUCUAAAACUUGCUAAAAAUCGCGCACAAUUACUCAUAUCAUGCUUGGAUAGGCUAGUAAAUUUCUAAUAAUCAUUAACAAAAUUGUAUAAGAGCCAUUAUUCCUCUUUAUAUAAUAUGUGUCUAUUUUAUCUUAUAAUCAUUAAUCUCUAAUUCUAACAUUUUUGAUGAUUUCUACCACAUUUUAUGAAAUAACAAUUUCCUGUACAAAGAGCACAAACUCGUGAGAAGUGAAGAAGAUGUUGUUCGUUAUAAAUAAAUAGCUUGAUUGUUUAUUAAAACAACAAAACAA